CCUCUCACUGGGGGUUGUGGAGAGCAGGGGGGACCAUGGACUUCAUCAGCAUUCAGCAAUUGGUAUGUGGAGAAAGAAAGGAAAGGAAAGUGUUGGGAUUUGGACAUGGAGUUCCUGAUCCCGGAGGCUGGCCUAGUGACGGGACGAUGGCACCCCAAGAGGCUGUGGCCCGGGAGAAGCUGAAAUUGGAAGAGGAGAAGAAGAAGAAACUCGAAAGAUUUAACAGUUCCAGACUUAAUCUAGAGACUCUGGCUGACUUGGAAAACUUGGUUCAAAGACGGAGAGAAAAGCGACUGAGACGUAGGGUCCCCCCCAGGGAAACUGAGCCCGUGGUUAAGCCGCAGCCCCAGGCCCAGGUGGAGUCUGUGGACCUGGAGAUGUUCUUGAAGGCAGCUGCUGAGAACCAGGAGGCCCUGACUGACAAGUACCUGGCAGACGGAGGGGACCCCAAUGCCCAUGACAAGCUCCACCGCACAGCCUUGCACUGGGCCUGUCUGAAGGGCCACAGCCAGCUGGUGAACAAGCUGCUGGCGGCAGGUGCCACUGUGGACCCUCGGGACUUGCUGGACAGGACACCCAUGUUCUGGGCCUGCCGUGGAGGACACCUGGACAUCCUCAAACAGCUGCUUAACCAGGGAGCCCGGGUCAACGCCCGGGACAAGAUCUGGAGCACCCCCCUACACGUGGCAGUGCGCACUGGGCACUCCGACUGCUUGGAGCACCUCAUUGAGUGUGGAGCCCACAUCAACGCACAGGAUAAGGAAGGGGACACAGCUCUACAUGAGGCUGUGCGGCAUGGCCGUUACAAAGCUAUGAAGCUGCUGCUGCUCUAUGGAGCCAAGCUGGGUGUGCAGAAUGGGGCCUCCCUGACUCCAGUGCAGCUGGCCCGAGACUGGCAGCGGGGCAUCCAGGAAGCACUGCAGGCCCAUGUUGCACAUCCCCGCACCCGGUGCUAAUGACAACAGCAGGCCUGUGGGUCACCCACAGCCACCAUUCCAUCCCCUCCCCUCCCCUGCAUCUGCACCCUCUGUGGUUCUUGCCCCAGUCUGAUUCCUCUCUCAGGCCUUUGCUUCCUCAGGCCUCUAAGGCAGCCCUGUCAGAACUGAGGAGCAGCGGUGAGCCCAGCAGGUGGAAAACGCAGGCCUCCCCGGCUUGGCAUGUCAAGGGGUGCUGCGUUCCCUGCUGGGGCUAGAGCCGAAAAGGGCUGAAGCAGAGGACCACAGGGCAGCAGAAAGCAAAGUGGGUCCAGAUGAGGGCCAGGAAGAAGAGUGGGAGCCAAGAUGGAACAGGAAGCGAGCAGCCCCAGGCCCGAGCUACCCAGGGCUGGGUGCUAGACUUCCUCAGUGUCCACUAAUCCCGAGUCUGGGAGGUUUGGCCCUUGCUCUGCACAAGGGCCAGUCUCCUGCAGGUGGUGACUGAGCCUGUGGCCAGCAGCUGCCAUCCAGGACAUGCAAGAGCAACCAAAGCAGGCCACACAGGUGCCAGGUGUUUCUGCACCCGGCCAAUGCCUUGGGCAGGGGUUUCUCCAGAGGACUCCAUUCCUAUCAGCAGCAACCCUGAUAGUGUCUGGAGUGGCUCCAGACAACUUUGGUCUUAAGGACACUGGAGGUGGGUUCUGACAGUCUGGAAGGGGCUGGAUUGAGGCUCCACAGCACCAGAAGUCCAUGACCCACAAGGUUGCCCCAGAAGCCCCAAGACUGAUGAGCUGGAGCUGAUACUUGAGGGGAACCUCGUGCCCACUUGUCUAAAGGCUUUGGUCAGGCCUGCCUGCCACACUGUUGGGCUGGCUGGUAGUGCUCAUUGUAGGGGUAAAGUGCCUGGGUGCUGGGGAUUGCUUGUGGCCCACCCAACUCUUGGGGCGGUGGCCCGUAACCUUAGUUUGCCUGAGGCGCUAAUGUCCCCCGGUACUUAAGUUUUACCUCUUGCCUGGAACCCUGCAGCUACAUCCACUCUGCUUGAUCCCACCUAGAGGACAGGACACUGGGGAGCUCUGAGCUUAGCCCAUGGGGAAGCAGGGGAAGGCAGGGGCAUUCCCUCCUGCCCUUUGUCUUCUAACGGGGGUAUAAUGAUGACUCACCCUUACAAUAGCUCCCUAAAGGCUCCUUCUUGCAUCAUUCUUUACGUUUCAAGUUUCACUGGUGUAGACCUAUACUACUGGCAGGGCUGGGCCCUUAAAUGCCAGAGUGAAUUUUA